GGGGAAAAGAGGGGGGAGAGGAAGGCGGGCCUUCCGGCUUCGGCUCCGCCCAUCCCGGCUGGGGUUGUGAUGGUGGCUGCGUCCUACCUCGCUCCGCUCUGGCCCCAGCUCUCCCUUCACUGUGGUCUCCCCAGAGACUUGUUGCUGCCACGGCCGAAGAAAUUGGCCUGCUCCGGCGGGAGGCGCGUGAAGCCUCUGAGAAAGCUGCGAGACUUGGGGUACCAGGCCGACUGACUUUACAGACUAUUCCUAGAGAUGUUUGGCUCUUCACGUGGGGGUGUGCGAGGUGGACAAGACCAAUUCAACUGGGAAGAUGUGAAGACUGAUAAACAGAGGGAAAACUAUCUGGGGAACUCCCUGAUGGCCCCCGUGGGCAGGUGGCAGAAAGGCCGGGACCUCACAUGGUACGCCAAAGGCAAGAAAGGCAACGUGGCUCUAAGCCGAGAGGAGGAGCUAGCUGCCGUGCGCCAGGCUGAACAAGAGGCCCUCUUGGCUGCUUUAGGCUACAAGAACGUGAGGAAGCAGCCCACAGGACUGAGCAAAGAGGACUUUGUGGAGAUCUGCAAGCGGGAAGGGACGGAUCGUGAGGAGAAGGAUGUAGACCAGCUGUCAGGCCUGGGGAGCUCCAGUGGUUCAGCUGGCCGGGUAAUGCUCUCCAAAGAAGACAAAGAAGCUGCCAAGCUGGGAUUGUCUGUAUUCACGCAUCACAAGGUGGAGAGCAGUUCGGCAGUGCCGCCGUCAGCCCCUCCAGUGGCCAAGAGGAAAGCAGACACAAGCAGGCCUGAGAGCCACAAGAAAGCCAAGAAAGAGAAGAAAAAGAAGAAGAAAAAGAAACACAGGAAAGAGAAGAAGAAAGAGAAGCAUUCUAAGAGGGGUUCCUCGUCCUCCUCAUCUUCCCCCUCCCCAGACAGGCACCGGGACUCGCCCUCUACUUCCUCUCGGGCGCAGACACCCAGGAGCAGACACGCCGACGACUCCUCUCCUGGUCCCAGGAGGAAGGACCGAAGCUCCGAGCCGAAGCCCCGAUCCAAGAGGCGUCGGCACGAUUCCGAUGACUGACCCUGAGCCCCGGGAGGCAGAUGGUACAGUCAGGGAGCCUCCCCAGGCUCUCCCCAGGGCCGGGGCCCUCUGCAGCGACCAGGCUCCCUCGGCCCCUGGCAGAGCUGGGCCUUGGGGAACUCCCCGGGGGCUGCUGUCUGACUCUCACCCUCUCCCCCUCCCCAGGCCAGUCCUCCCAAUAAAGCUGCUGCCUCCUUC